UUUCAUUCUUUCGUUCGCAUCGGGAAAAUCACGCACGUGUUUAACCUCGUACCAAAUUCAAAUGUGCAAACAGGCAGGCUGAAAAAUUAUAGUCGGGAAAAAUGUCGAGGAAAGCGAAGAAAGUUUGGACAUCGACGAGUGGACGUCCCAAGUGGCGCCAGUCACCCGUCGACUUGAACCGGAUGCAUCUACUGCACGAAAACUUUCCGUGUUUACUCCUGCAAGGCCACUUAUCGGACAGAAGCUGCGCAACGAUGACUAAUACCGGCAGCACAGUGAAACUUGAAUUGAACGGCGCGCACAAGCCACUGUUAUGGGGCGGACCACUGACGGACAAGUACGAGUUUGCGGAAUUGCAAUUUCGCUGGGGUCCGAGCGAUGCUCGGGGAGCCGAGCAUUCUAUCGAAGGAACUUGCGUUUCUCCUUUAUCAAGGUUUUCAAUGGAAGCUCAAGCGGUACACUGUAAUAAGAAGUACGGCUCGAUGGAGGCGUGUCAAGAGAAGCCCGACGGGCUGGCUAUUAUUGCUUUCCUCUUCCAAGUGAUCGGCUGUCCCGGUAUGACAGAUAAUGCGAGCUUCUCAGGCGUCACGGAUAACUUGCUUCAGAUUAAAAUUCCAGGCAAGAGCGUCGAGCUUCCAGAAGGCUGCAUGAAGUGGAUGAAGCAAGCGUGCGCCGAACCAGGUUACUACAGUUACAGUGGCUCACUCACCACUUGUCCGUAUUCGGAGUGCGUCACUUGGAUCGUUAUUCCGCGACCUGUUGGAAUAUCAACAAGACAAGCUAAUGCUUUUCGGACUCUGUACGACCGUCGAGCCGAGCCCAUUUUGCGGAACUACAGAUCCCAGCAGAAAAUUCACGAUCGCAAGAUAUUGUACGCUACCCAAGCGUAA